AUGGAGACUCUGUGGUGGUUGCCGACAUUCAAGAUGAUCCCGGCCACCAGGUCGCGGAAUCCAUCGGUUCAUGACAAAGCCACGUACAAGCAAUGCAAUGUGAAGAACGAAAAAGAAGUAGAGGAAACCGUAGCAUAUGCUAUCCAGAAAUAUGGCAGUCUUGACAUCAUGUUUGGCAAUGCCGGGGUCCCUGGUCUUAAAAACAGUAUUCUAGCCAUAGAUGCUAAAGAUUUCGACGAGACCAUGGCUGUAAUUGUUCGUUGUUCUGCCUUUGCUAUUAAGCAUGCGGCUAAGGCCAUGGUCUUGUUAAAGCUGCUGCAGUUGAGCCAGCUAGGAGAGUUUGGAAUAACAGUUAAUUGCAUCUCUCCUGCGCGUAUUGCCAUGCCAAUGGUGUCUAGUUCUUCGAGAUUGGCUCCAGAACAGAUUCAUAGAUUUCUAAGUUACCGAGUUAACCUCAACGGAGAAUCCCUGAACGGCAGACAUGUUGCUGAGGCUGCUCUAUUUCUUGCCUCAGAUGAAUCUGCCUACAUAAGUGCACAUGAUUUAGCUGUUGAUGGUGGGAUUAGUGCUAGAUCAAUCUAUUUGAAGUAG